ACGUAUUGGUGUAUUAGACAUAAUAAAAUACUUGACAAAUUCCAAACGAAACUCAACCUCUCACCAACUACCCGACUUGCAACAAGACAAGAUACGGUAAUCCGCACAAAAAAGAUACCGUUUGGUUUAGAGAAAUUUUCUCUACUUUUGUGUUCUUCUAAAUUGAGUUGUGCUAUACAUUAUACUUGUCGAAAUAUUAUCAUGUUUUUAGCGUCGUAGCGAAGGCACAAGAAAAUUAUUUAAAUUCACUAGAACAAUAAGUGUAAACUGUGUUAGUUUUGUAGAGUAUGUGCUAAAAACGAAAAAAUGGAUGAAAAUAACAGGAAAAGGAGUCGAAAGUCGAAGUUGGUGCUGCGGGAAUGUAUGGAUUCCGAUGAUGAAAAUAUCGCAGUUAUGCAGGAAGAAAUCGAGGCGGCAUUGUCAAAAAUGAAAAAUAAAUCCAUAUUGAAAAAGUUGAGCAAACAAAUUCCUGUAUCGCAACCAAUGCAAUUCUCUGUCAAAGUUGAGGUGGAGGAAUUUAAUGAGACAAGCCAGGGUGCUGGGAACGAAACAGAUUUGAACAUAAGAAUUGAUUCGGUCAAGAGUCUUUCGCAAACGGCUCCUUCAAAAGCUCCUGCUACGGUUGCUUCUCCUGCUAUUGUUCCCAAUCCUAUUGUUCCAUCUCUUGUUAAGGUUCCCGCUCCUGCCUUGGUUCCCGCUCCUGCCUUGGUUCCCGCUCCUGCCUUGGUUCCCUCUCCUGCCUUGGUUCCCACUCGAUCAUUGGUUUCCCCUGUAGCUCCUAAUGAACCCAAUGAUGAUUUCUUCAAAAUAUCUGAAGACAGAAUCAGAAGGGAAUUCGACAAGCAAUCACGUAAAACUACGAGCCUAGCCGACAAACUAAUAGAGAUCAAUAUUAGAAACCAACUAGGUAGGAAAAGGAAAAUCGAGACACCUUUCUAUAUAGAUCAGAGAUUGCAGGGCAUAUUUCGAAGGAAGUGGAAGAACUGGCGGCACACAUUCCCGGAUAUCCGCGGGACGCCGCUCUUGUAUAAAUGUCACAGCUGUGGCUUGGCGUGGUGGCACCUCCACGACUUCAGAGAGCAUGUGAUGACUCACGGAGAGCACAUGGUGCUCGAAUUCAAAAACGUUUGCCACGAAUCCAGUUUGGUAGCGCACGAUGGAAGAGCACCCUUGAGGGAAAAAAAAUACCGGGUGGCGUCCAACUGUUGGAAGUGCGGGAACGACCUCGCGCACCACAUGGCGCCGAUCGUGGACCACAACGGAAGUUACACGUACAAAUACAGGUGCAAGGGGUGCAUGGAGAAGUUUUACACAUGCACUUUGUUGUUCGAGCACGAGGGCAACUGUCAGCUGUAUCAAAAGAUGAUUAAUUCGAAUAAGUCGAUAGUUUCCUGCACCUUGUGUCCCGCGAAGAUUAACCCCGAUGCGUUCGACGAUCAUAUGUCACAACGUCACAGUGUCAGGUCAGAUUUGCCCGAGGACUGGGUGCUGAAGUGCUGCAGCCAGUGCGGCUACCCUUUCCACAUGCAAGCGUUGCACGAUUGCCCGCUGAAGCCGCCGUUAGGGUCGUGCAAGUUUUGUUUUCAAACGUUCAACACUCACACUUUCAUGUUGAUCCACAUGAAUGCAACGAAGCACCACUACCCGUGCAAGAUCUGCGGGGUGGUCCUCAGGAAGCAGUGCAUGGAGAUGCAACACUUGCUGCAGCACACAGACAAUUACGCCAUGCUUUUCAAGUGUAUCUUUUGUGUAAAAGAUAAAUAUUUUCCUACUUUGGAUUUAUUUAACAGACAUAAAGCAGACGCACACUUUGAACAAAGCAAAAUCAAAAGCUUAUUGUCUGGUUAUGAUGUGGUAGUGGUACCAAAAAAGUUGGCUAUACUUACACCAGCAAUGAAAAUUAUGCAGAAACAAUGUGAAUUGAGAAUGUUACUAGGUGAACCAUCUGGACGUUUAGAGUUUUUGAACUGUAGCAAAAGUCCUAUACUUGCGAAGCGACUACAAGGUGAACGAUCAGGAAGUACAGAGUCUUUGGGCAAAAACAAAUGUGCAAAAACUGUAGAGCGAAAGAAAGCUAAUAAUGAACAAGAAGAGAUUAAAAUUGUAAAAACGGAAAGUCUGCACACUGUUACGUGCAAGACGAGAAUAAAAAUUCCUGAAAAUCCACUAACAUAUGAUCACAUCACAAUAAUAUCUUCUGAAGAAGAGGAAGAUGAUGAUAUCUCUAAUAUACCACAAAAUAGUGUUUUUGAUGAUACGAGUAUACCAAGUGACACUGAAGAUGUUAUUGUUGAUACAAUAACGUACGAUGACACACAGGCAAAUGUUCUUGACGAUACACUACCUGAAAACUACCUAGAUAGUAUGGAUCAUGUCAUAAAAGAGGAGCUAUAUGAUCCCGAUUAUCAAAUUGAUGAUACGCCAGACAAUGCAGCAGCCAAAACCGGAAACAAAUCAGAUACAUUUAAUAACAAAGAUGUUUCCGUCUUUGUUAUUCCACCCGAUGAAUUGAAUAAAUUUGAUCCCUAUUUAGUGAUCAAAGAAGAAAAUGACUAUGAUGAAAUAGUAGUACCUCCUCAAGAAGCUGACAUGUUAGAGCCUGACAUUAACAUUGAAAAUGUGGCAAUUAAAGAAGAACCAGUAGAUAUGCCAGAGGAGAAUUACAACAUGGUUGAAAUAAUUAAUACCACUCCUGACGCUGACAACAAAACCAUUAUGGAUAUUCAAAAAACGAAAACUGACAUGAAAUGUAAAAAAAAUACAGUUAGAAAGAGAAACAAUGUUAAAAAUAAAUUAAAAAGUGAUGCUGAAUUGAAAACUUAUAUUGAAACUGACAACCCCAAUAUAAAAAUAUGUAAAAUACAAGCUAAAAUUAAUUCAAAUGAAAGUGAAUCUAAUGAGGAUAUAUUAAAGACUAAAAUUGGUAAUUUGAGUGAUAUUGUUAAUACAGAAGGUAAUAAUGACAAAUCGUUUAACGAAAUUGAUAAGUACAGUAUUAAAAUUGGUAUUGACAAUAAUACUAAUAUGUUUAGUGUACAAGUAAAGGAAGAACCUGUUGACGAAGAACCACACACCGAUUUUAAUGUUGACUUUGGAAUGGAAGAAUUAACAUAUUCUAUAAAAGAAGAAAAUCUAGAAGAACUAAUGGAAGACGAUAUGAUAAUAUUAGACCAAAGCAAAAGUGAAGCAAUUGAAUAUGAAAUGGAUCCAGGAACAAAUGCUUCAGUGACGUCAGAUGAAAUAGAUUUGCAGCCAAUUGAGCCUACAGAACUGGUUGUGUACAAUUCGCUGCAAAAAAGAGUGUACAAAUGCAACAAGUGCUCAUUCGUCGGCCACCACCAGGAGUACCGCGCGCACCUGCGGGAGAUGGGGCACGGCGGCCCGCAGCCCCCCAUAAACUGUCUGCGCCGGGGGCGCUCGGCGCGCGGCCCCAUACGGUACCGCUGCACCAAGUGCUGCGCCGGGUACUUCACGUGGUACAAGUAUAUCACGCACUUCAGCAAGGUCCACCAUUACAAAGACCUGACAUGCCCCAAGUGCUUCCGACAGUUCCUAACCGCUCAGCCACUACAAGCGCACAUAAAUGCACACAUAAAGGAGACCUUUGUCAACAUAUACGUGAUAACGAGCAAGGAGGAAGACAACCCUGAACAGUUUAUGCAGCAAUGUAAGAUCUGCUCGCAAAAAGUCGACCCGAUGGAGUUUUUUAACCAUUGGGAGACUCACCUGGAGAUUAUGGAUGUUACGAAAGAAGCAAUGCCGUUCAAGGGUUUCACUGACGACAUGGAGCAUAAACACGUUUUGAAGAAGAUGUUACUACUUCUACAAGGAAUGUACAGACCGAAAACCCUGGAAGAGAGAGUUUACAACCGACUGCAGUUCUGCUUCCAGUGCAACCGGCGCUUCGAGCGCAAGAACGAGUGUAAGCGGCACUUCAUCGAGCACCUGCUGGUAGACGCGCACAAGGAGCGCCACAAGUACGGCUGCCUCAAGUGCCAGAUAUGCUCCGAAAACUUCUACACCAAUGAUCGACGCGCACAAGGAGCGCCACAAAACUGCUUACAGUGCAAGCGGCACUUCAUCGAGCACCUGCUGGUAGACGCGCACAAGGAGCGCCACAAGUACGGCUGCCUCAAGUGCCAGAUAUGCUCCGAAAACUUCUACACCAAUGAUCGCUACAAGCGCCACAUGCGCGAGCACGGCAGCCUGCCGCUGUACAAGUGCGAGCUGUGCGACAAGACGUUCAGCGACUCCAGCAACUUCACCAAGCACAAGAAGGUGCACAACCUGUCGGUGCUCAUCUGCGACAUCUGCAGCAAGAAGUUCACCGGCAAGCCCUUCCUGGAGAAGCACAUGCUGAUGCACCAGAAGAUGAAGCCGCUGGUGUGCCAGGAGUGCAACAAGGUGUUCUACACCGAGUCCAGCUACAGGAAGCACAUGAACAGGGGCAAGACGCUCUUCAAGUGCCCCUCGUGCGGCACUACCUUCACCACGCUGCGGGAGAAGUGGGACCAUAUGUGGGAGAUCCACAAAGAGAGGAAGUUCCACGCCGACUGUCCCGUGUGCGACAAGGCGUUCCGCAAGCACCAGGACGUACGGCGGCACUUGCGCGCCGAGCACAGGGACUUCCCCUACAAAUACGUCGCCAACAAGACGCCCAUCGCGCACAUGGAACGCGCCAUGGAAAUCGAGCAAUCCAAGGCGGACACCCAGCGCAACAGCAAAACGGAACCAGAAAACAGCAAAACUGACCCAGAAAGCAGCAAAAUGGACCCAGAAAGCAGCAAAACAGACACAGAAUGCAGCAAAACGGACAUCGAGCAUAGUAAGACAGACACUGGCCGCAGUAAAGCGGACACUGGCUGCAGGAAGGCGAUCGCCAAGUGCAGAAAGACUGUCACCCGGCGCAGCAAGACGAAGAAGCGGCGCAGCAAGACGAUCACCGAGCGCAGCACGGCAGACACUGAAUGCAGCACGACAGACACCGAACGCUUCGUCGUGGUCUGCAAUAUGGACUAGUGGUGUGGUGAAACGUUCGUCGUUGUUAUUUGUUGGAUAUGUGAAGUAUCCAUCAUUUUACGUCAUUGUUAUUUGACGGGAGCUUGAAGAGUCACGAACAUCCGCCAAUGUUAUUUGAGGGGAAUGUCUAGUGUCAUCGUCAGAAACUUUGGCAUAUUAUUUAUAUAGACUAGACAUUUUAUGAAUAUACAAAGGAGAUGGUCCAUUUCAGGUUCACUCUUGUACCCCGUAUCGUUAAAAUUUAAAAAAUGCAUGGAUUUUAUUAAAGUCUAAAUAAGUGAAUAAAUCUAACUAAAUAAAAAGAAAUAAAUAAAAUUGAAACCAAAGUUUUUGAGUUAUAUCAAGAUGGCGCCCAUAAAGCAACUAUGACAUGACAAUUGACAGCAAACGUCAAAAUGACUACUGCAUAAAAAAGGCCAUCAAUCCGCCAUUAUUACCCGUAUAAGUGUUGCAUUUCUUGGGAGAGAAUGAAUAUUAUUUUGAAAGAAUUAAAGUAAAUUCGUAGAUUUGUAUACACAAAAAUAGUAAAAAAAUAUAUUUUCUUUUAUUUCCGCCAGGGUACAAUGACUGAUCCUAGGCACCAUACAAUUUUCGACCAUCUCUUUUGGUACUUUGUUGUGGCUUAUAACAUAAGUGAGUGCAGGUAAAUAAUAAAGUCGCCAACAACUAGAAGAUAUAAUACUGCUUGAGUUAUUCAGGCUCAUAUCAAAGGAUAAGCCUCAAUAACUCAACGGUAAGAGUGGUCGGACUCAUCACCAAGGGGUGGUGGUUCGAACCCCGCCCCAUUGGUUUAUUGUCGUACCCAUUCCAAAUACAGCCUUUCCUAGUUGGAGAGAAAUGGGAACAUUGGUCAUAUUAAGAAGAUAUGGCCAAUAUUCUUUUUAAAAGAAAUAAAACAAAUAUUAUAUAUUCGCAUGUACCUCCCUGUUUAGCGCCUUAACCAGCUUGAACUGUACUGUCACUUAACAUCAAGUGAGAGCAAGUUAUGGGCUUGC